AUGGCCGAUUCAAGCAAGCUUCAUUUGGCCACUCUUGUCUCUAACAUUAAGACAUUUGAUCCCUCUGCCAAGAAAUCCGAACCUACUACUGCCGAGGUGUCUUUCUUGAAAAGUCUUGAUAGUUUAGUUCGUAAAUGGAUUUACGGGACAAUCUCCAAUGACUUACUCAACACCAUUAUCGACCCCGAUGAAAGGGUCGUUGAUACAUGGAAUCGUUUGGAAAACUUCUUCAAUAACAACAAGUCUACAUGUGCUCUUCACCUUGAUGCGCAAUUCAAAAACACCAAACUUGAUCAAUUUGAUGGUGUUAAACCAUAUUACACUCGCCUGAAAACCCUUGUGGAUAAUCUAAGAAACGUGGGUGACAAGGUCUCCGAUAAUCGCAUGGCCUUGCAAUUAUUGAAAAGGCUCUCGGAAGAAUACAAGCCUUUUUGUACCUCUGUUCGUCAUCUCAAUCCGCUUCCCACUUUUGACAUCUUGCGCUCCAUGCUUGAAUUGGAGGAGCAGGGUAAUGCUUCCGACAUUCCUGAUUCCGGUGAGGAGGCUCAUUUCUCACAGUCAUCAUCAUCGGCUUUGUUUAAUUUGUAG